AUGCUGGAUCUUUCCACCGCUCCUGAUCUCACCUCUAACGCGGUAGAAGCUGCGAUUCCUGAGGGCGGGGGUGGUGAUGAUGGUAGGGCUAGGAUUCAGACGUUGCAGAUACCGGUGCACUACGGGUCUGUGUUGGACGUUGUACCGCGAAUUCACGGUGGGAUUUCGAGAGGAAAGGUUUGGAACGACGAGAGGCUGGAUCCGGAGUUUGGGGGUAAGGUGGGGGAGACCUAUCCGGAAGCAUAUCCGAUCGAAACGCCGGGAGAAGGAGAUGCGUGGGAUGUGGUGAUCCACGUCGGAGUGGGAAGACAAGGUAGUCUACGAUGCGAGACGCAAGCGCAUAAGCUCGGAUACUCGAAACCCGACGCCAACGACCAACUCGCACCUCUGCUGAACCUCUCCCCCAGCGAGAUCGCUCGAAUUCCGGAAAAGUACCUCGACAAAAACGGUCAGGCUCGAGGAUUCGGUACCGGGUACGAGGAGUUCGGCGAGAUCGAGUCCACCCGCAUCGGCGUUUCCUCCCUCAUCCAGUUCCUGAAGCAAUCAGGCAUGCAGGGGGAAGAGGUGGAUCAGUCGUUCGAUCCCGGAAGGUAUCUGUGCGACUUUGUGUUCUACUGCUCGUUGUGCGAGGCGAAGCGCAACGGGAACAAGACGUUGGUGUUGUUCGUACACGUGCCGCCGAAGGACGAGAAUCUGAGCGUCGAGAGGUGCACCCAGGCGAUACGUGCCGUUGCUUGGUACAUGGCGAGGGAAAAGCUGAAAUGCUAG